AUGAUUCCUGAAUCCUCUGGGCAGGAAAAUCACUCUGUAAUAACAGAGUUUAUCCUGUUGGGACUCUCCAAUGAUCCACACAUAGAGGAUUUUCUUCUUUUCUUCUUCAUGGUCAUAUUUUUAGUCACCAUAUUGGGUAAUCUUGUAAUUAUAUUGGUGAUCAAGUCUGAGCUUCACCUUCAGACCCCCAUGUUCUUCUUUCUCAGCCAUUUAGCUUUUGUUGACAUCUGCUAUUCCUCAGUCACUGUUCCCAGGAUGCUGGCAAACUUCAUAACAAAGCAGAAAACCAUUUCCUGGGAAGGAUGCAUUGCCCAGAUCUUUUUUUUUCUGCAAACAUGUUGUACAGAAGUGUUCAUCCUCUCAGCAAUGGGUUAUGAUCGAUACGUUGCUAUAUGCGACCCAUUGCAUUACAGCAGAUACUUGACAAAAGAGAUAUGCAAUAAAAUGAUGGGUGGAGCUUGGCUCCUGGGUUCCUUGUGUGCUACAGGGAAUGUCCUGCCUUUGCUAAAUCUUCAGUUUUGCAACAACAAUAUCAUCAGACACUAUAAUUGUGAGCUUCCUUCACUCUUGGCCUUGUCUUGUGCGGACACUCUCACUAAUUUCAUUGUUCUUCUAAUAUUUGUGUUGGCAUUUGGUUUUAGUUCAUUUCUUUUCACUCUGGUCUCUUACAUAUAUAUUAUUUCUGCCAUCUUGAAAAUUCAUUCAGCAGAAGGCAGGCAGAAAGCUUUCUCCACCUGCAGCUCCCAUCUCAUUGUGGUAGGCUUAUUUUAUAUUACAGCUUUUGUUCGCUAUAUGAAGCCAAGUUCAGAAUCACUCAUGGAUCUGGACAAAGUGAUCUCUAUCCAGUAUAGCAUUUUAACUCCAAUGUUAAACCCAAUCAUCUACAGCCUGAGAAACAAAGAGAUCAGAUCUGGUGUAGAGAAACUCUUUGGAAAGUGUAGGCCCAUUCUUUACUCAUGA